AUUAAUUCAUGUUCCAAUUUGAUAUUAUGUGUUUUGUAAAACUCUGCAAGAUUGAAAAUAUAUGUUUCUUGGAUCUUUUCGUUUUAGGUUAUAAGAGCAUGAUUAAACAUGGUCUUUUAGCUGGGGUUCCUAACUCAUGAUUCGAUAUUUUUUAUUUUUUUUAUAUUUUUCGGCUAACAGACGGCUUUUAAUAUCUCUUAUUUAAUAGACGAUUUCUAGCUUUUUUUAGUUAAAAUCUAAAAAAUGGUAAGAACCGUCUCUUAACCGAAACUAAAAACCUGAAUGAGUUUAAUCAUGGUCGAAUAGGAUAGAUUUCAACAAUUGAUUAAUUGUGAUUGUAACCCGUCUGUUCCGCUUGGUUCAUUGUGUUUUUCGAGGCCCUGACUUUAAUUGGAUUGAUUAUAAAGUUGUUAAGUGAAUACUCUGACUUUUGAAAGAUAAACUUGUAAUUUACUGAAAACCCUUGAAAUGCUCCACUAUCCCACACAUGACACAAUGUGUCUUUUCUUUACUAAAAUAGUCGUCACCUGUUCUAAUUAAGAUCCUACUUCGAAAUUUUCCAUGUGACUGCUUUAAACGUGCCUUCUACCUUAUCUCUCUAACAUCUAUCUGCUUUUACUUAUCACUUCCGCUUCUGAUUUUGUGAAGCUUCUCUUGGUUUUCAUUGUUUAACAAUACUAAGGGGAAAUAAAAAAAUUUCUCAGUUUUGUGUAAUUCUUUAUUGCUUUGUACAUUGCAGGAUUUGAUGAAUAGAUCAUGUCUCUGUAGUAUCUUAAUCACUACUGCUCUUAUUUGUGGUGCUUACUUCAUUGGUAAUGCUUAUAUCGACAAAGAAUUUAAAGAGAGAUUGCUAAGAUGGAAAAUCACUGAUAAGAUGCAUAACGCAACAUCCAAUACAUGCCAGAAUCUAAAUAAGCCAUUGGGUAGUGAAGCACUACCGCAAGGAAUCAUCGUCAAAACAUCAAACUUGGAAACGCAACAUCUAUGGAACUACUGCGACAGUGAAAAUGUUACUGAAGGUAAUACUAAUCGUUCGAUGAGUUUGUUAGCCAUGGCGGUUGGAAUCAAGCAAAAUGAGCUGGUCAACAAAGUUAUACAAAAGUUUCUUCUUCAAGAUUUCGUGGUCAUGCUUUUUCAUUACGAUGGUGUUUUGGACGACUGGAACCAGUAUCCAUGGAGUGCACAUGCAAUUCAUGUUUCCGUGAUGAAUCAAACAAAAUGGUGGUUCGCCAAACGAUUCUUGCAUCCUGAUGUAGUUGCAGAGUAUGAAUAUAUUUUCCUUUGGGACGAAGAUCUCGGUGUAGGUCAUUUCAAUCCUCAACGAUACCUAUCUAUUGUCAAAGAAGAAGGUCUUGAGAUAUCGCAACCCGGCCUCGACCCAACAGAAUCAGAGGUGUAUCAUCCUAUAACCGCUCGUCGCGAGAACUUAAAAGUCCAUAGGCGGAUAUAUAAAUACAAAGGCGGCUUCCGAUGCGAUGGCAAUAGCACCGAUCCUCCUUGCAUCGGAUGGGUAGAACUGAUGGCACCUGUUUUCUCUAGAUCAGCAUGGAGAUGUUCUUGGUAUAUGAUUCAGAACGAUUUGAUCCAUGCUUGGGGUUUGGAUGUACAGCUUGGUUAUUGUGCUCAAGGUGAUCGGAAGAAAAAUGUAGGUGUUGUUGAUGCGGAGUACAUAGUUCAUUACGGUCUUCCCACACUAGGUGGGGUUGUAAACGCUUCAAGCUCCGCGCGUAAUGAGACAAACCCAAAAUCAGGGGUUUCACAGGAUUUAUCAGAGUCUGAUGGAGUGGAUAACAGAGGAAAAGUGAGGAUGAAAUCAUCUGUAGAGAUGAAAAGAUUCAAGGAACGUUGGAAGAAAGCUGUCAAGGAUGAUAUAUGUUGGGUUGAUCCGUAUUGAAACCCCGAGUGGUGUAAGUAAACCGAAUCAAACCGGAAUUCUUCACAAAUAGAAUUUUGAGAUUGCUCUUGUUGAGUAUGUUGUGUUGUUUAAUGUAUACCAUUGUUUUAGUACAUAGAUUUUGUUUCACUGUGAAAAACAAUGUGUAUGUUAUAAUUAAGUGAUGCAGCAUCAUAGUAAUUUCACCGCC